AUGGCUUUCAGGCCCAGCUACGGAAUGCCGUCUUAUCCUCACUAUCCACCUCCACAGCAGCAAAUAGUUUUUGGUCAGAUGAGAAUGCCCGGUCAACAUCCACCUCACCAGCAAGCCAAUCAUCAUAAAACGGAGUUAACGCCCGCCGUUUUUGUUGGAAACAUUUCUGAGAAAUGUAGCGACGAAUUUAUACAAAAAAUCCUCAAUGAGUGCGGUGAAGUAGCGAGUUGGAAGCGUAUAAAGAGCAACGGGAAGUUUCCUUGCUUUGGGUUUUGCACAUUCGUAGAUCUCGAAGGGACUUUGCGGGCUCUCCGUAUUCUACACGAAUUUCAUCUUGGCGACAAAAAGUUAACAGUGAAGGCCGAAGAAAAAGUUCGAGAGGAUCUGCGGAAAAAUGCAAUUGAGAACAGGAAGAAGCAAGGCAAAAAAGAAUUGAAGCUCAAACCGGAUGAGCUACCUGCUGAUGAAGAUGAUCUCAAAAAGGACGAGGAGAUCCGGCUCAAAAUACUUCACUGGAUGGAGACUGAUCACAAGGAAUUGUUUUCGAUUACUGAAGUUUCAGAUGGCGAAAUCUCCGAAGAUACGAAGAAGAGUCGUGACGGAAAAUCUGACAAACAAGGAAGCUCUUCGUCGAGCCAUAAAAAGGAUGACUACAAACGGAACCGUCACCGCCGCAGUCGGACUCGAAGCCGAGAUCGAACUUCUCGCCGUUCAAGAAGCAAAGAUUCGCCGAAGAGCAAGAAGUCUAGAAGAAGCCGCUCAAGCUCCAGUUCAUCUACAGAUUCUUCAUCGUCUUCCUCUCGUAGCUCGUCGUAUUCGUCUCGCUCUAGAUCUCGUACUCCUCAACGUAAUAAAACCUCGAAACGCCGUCGUAGUACCAGUCGCGGCUCUGAGGAUAGUGACGAUGCUCGUGAAAAACGGAUGAUAAAGCAAAUGAUGAAAGAGAAGGAACAAGCUUAUCAUGCUCGCCUUAAGCGCUGGGAAUCGAGAGAACGUGGAAUGGCUAAGAAAUACGAAAGAGAAGAAAGAAAAGAGAAGGAUCGUCAAAAGUCGGUUCAAAAAGAAGCAAAACGGUUGAAGAUCUUUUUGGAAGACUAUGACGAUGAAAGAGAUGACUCAAAGUACUACAAGUCGUCCCAAUUCUUCCAACGAAAGCGAGAUUAUGAGAAAGAGCGAGAGGCUGACCAAAAGGAUAGACUUCAAGAAAUACAGGAAAUUGAAGAACUCAAGAAACAGAUCAUGGCUGAAGCUGCGAAUGACACAAGUAUAAACGUAGAAGAAGAAGCGAAAAAGAGACACCAAAUUAAAGAGGACGAAGCCAGGCGCAGAAUGAGAGCUGACAGCGGAAGCCCGAAUCCACACCAGCCACUUGGUCAGUCGGCUAAUGGGGAUAAUAUGGAAUCCUCAAGCGAAGAUGAAAGUGAUAGUGAGAAGGCAGUCGACAAGGAAGAGGUGAAGGAGGAACCAAAGGUUCCAAUGGACCACGGUGAAGGUCCAUCCGAACCACAAGUCAGCGAAGAUUUAUCCGGAGCUAAUAGUGCUGGUGCUUGGAAAGCAAUUGGUGAUGAUUCCUCACUAGUCUCUCAAAUUACUCGUCCAUCUGCUAAUGGAAAUCAGCAGGCUGCACCUUUGAAAAAGGAAGUUUCUCCAAUGCCCAUAGCGCAGAGACUCAGUGGCGUUUUUGGAAACGACGACGAUGAGGAUGAUGAGAAUAAAAAGAAAAAGAUGAAGCCAUUUGAAAUUACUCGAGAAGAACGAAUGCAAGUGAUGUCUGACGACGAAAAGAAGGCGUUGACAAAACAAAUUAUUAAGAAAAUUCCGCUUACAAAAGAAGAACUUUUCGUUCACAAAAUUGAAUGGGAUCAGUUGGAUCAAAAAUGGAUGGAUACACGAAUCCGUCCGUGGGUGUCAAAGAAAGUGAGCUCCUUCCUUGGUGAAGAGGAUAAAUCACUGUGUGAUUUCAUCUGCGAACAGAUUGGACAGCAAGCCACCCCAGAACAGAUUUUGAAAGAUGUGGCAAUGAUCAUUGACGAAGAUGCUGAGCAGUUCGUAGUCAAGAUGUGGCGUCUUCUCAUUUAUGAGGGACAGGCUCGUCGCAUGGGAAUCACCUAA